CUUUCUCCAAACGGGAAGCAACAGCUGGGCUUUCUUCUUUAUGUUGCCCCUUCAUAAAGCAUAAGAGAGAAACCUUACCAGCGCCACACAAAAUUUGUUCUUAUAUGCACUGAUUAAAGAAGCGUGAAUCCAUGUAUGUGAAGGAAGAAGGAUGAGGUAUACGUUCGUGAAUUCUCCCACUUCCACCAUUACUCGGGCCAUUCUGGUCCUCUUCGAUGGCUGGCUCCACCCGUAUCGUAACCCCACGAGGAGGCUUAUAAGAAGAGGCCCUUUCCCAUAUCGAUCUACUGCCACCGGAGAAACCUUCCACGCUCUGCGAUCCUCCCUGAGAUGGCGUCCGGCUCGAUGAGUUCCUCAUGGACCGCAAAGGAGAACAAGACGUUCGAGAAGGCGCUCGCGGUUUACGACAAGGACACGCCCGAUCGCUGGCACAAGAUCGCCCGCGCCGUUGGAGGGAAGACGGCCGAAGAGGUGAAGCGCCAUUACGAACUGCUCGUGGAGGACGUACGCCGCAUCGAGGCAGGCCAAAUGCCUUAUUACAGGCCCUCCAACAACAGAGGUAUACGUAUCUGUACAUGACACCUCU